CCCCGUGAAGCGGCCGGAGCCGCGCCCGCCGCCCGCCGGGACGAUGGUGCGCUGCGGGGCGGCCGCGCUGCUCGCCGCGCUCCUCGGCGUCUGCGUCUGGACCGACGAGACCGGGAAAGUUAUCUCGGACCGCUUCGCCGUCUACUGGAACCGGAGCAACCCCAGGUUCCACCGCGGGGACUACACGGUGGAGGUGAGCAUCAACGACUACCUGGACAUCUACUGCCCGCACUACGAGGAGCCGCUGCCCGAGCGCAUGGAGAGGUACAUCCUGUACAUGGUGAACUACGAGGGCCACGCGUCCUGCGACCACCGGCAGCGCGGCUUCAAGCGCUGGGAGUGCAACCGCCCCGACUCCCCCAACGGGCCCCUCAAGUUCUCCGAGAAGUUCCAGCUCUUCACCCCCUUCUCGCUGGGGUUCGAGUUCAGACCCGGCCACGAGUACUAUUACAUCUCCGCGUCCCCCCCGAACACGGUGGACAGGCCCUGCCUGAAGCUGAAGGUUUAUGUUCGGCCAACGAACGAUUCCCUCUACGAGUCCCCGGAGCCCAUUUUCACCAGCAACAACUCCUGCUGCAGCCUCAGGGUCCCGCCGGCGGCGCUGGCGGUGGUGCCGGUCGUCUGGACGCUCCUGGCCUCGUAGCCCGACCCCGCCGGGAGCGGCUCCGCGGGGCAGGAGCGGCCCGGGCACGGAUCCUGCCCACCCCGACCCGCCCGGAUGGUGCCUGGGGAGGUCACUGGUGCUGCCGGCGAGGAUCCUGCGGCCACGGGAAGUCCCUGUGGUGGCACAGUCAUCCCUUGGGGAGCGGUGCCGGGCUGUCCCGCGGGAUGGAUCCCGGCUCCCAUCCCUGUCCCGCAGCUCGAGCUCCGGCCAUCCCGGUCGGGCAUCGCUUUUUACAUUUCUAGACCAAAUACAGAGUCCUCGUCAGUCGGUUUUUUUCUUUUUUUUUUUUUUAAGGAAAAAAAAAAAGGUUUUUAUUUUUAGUUGUUGGGUUUUUUCCCAGCCGGGCCCCCCCCAGGCCAGACUGACCUGCCCGGGGCCAGGCUCAGCCCCCGCCCGGUGGAGCCUCCGGACUGCCGGGACCGCCGGACACAACGAUGGUGCCAACGGCUCCGUGGGCACGGACUCCUUCCCAGCCCGGCCGCAGGAUGUUGCAGAGCCGGUCCGGACACCCCCGGACACUCCUGGACACGAGGGUGGACAGACACAGCCCCCCUGGGGGGGUCACCCCAUUCCCUUCGCUCGUGCCACAGAUGGCACCAGUGUCCCCAUGGAACACCGGGACAGCUCCGUGAACAGCAGAGGAAACUGGAUCCAGCCGAGGGGAGCACCGGGAAGGGCCGGCAGGGAGCACUGGGAUGGCCAGUGCUGGGAGAGCACCGGGGAUGGCCGGCUGAUACCGGGAGCACUGGAAUGGGUGGCAUGGAGAGCACCGGGAAUGGCCAGCAGGAAGAGCAGUGGGGAUGUCUGCUGGCACAGGGAGCACCGGGAAUGGCCGGCACAGAGAACGCCAGGGAUGACUGGGACUGGGAGCCCCGGGAACGGCCGGCACUGAGAGCACCGAGGAUGGACUGGAGAGCACUGGAGAUGGCUGGCACUGAAAAUGGCUGGCACUGGGAGCACCAGGAAUAGCUGGCACUGAAAAUGGCUGGCACUGGGAGCACCAGGAAUAGCUGGCACUGAAAAUGGCCGGCAUUGGGAACACCGGGAAUAGCUGGCACUGAAAAUGGCCGGCACUGGGAGCACCAGGAAUAGCUGGCACUGAAAAUGGCCGGCACUGGGAACACCGGGAAUGGCCGGCUGGCACGGGAAGCACCGCCGGGCGCUGGGAGCCGGCGGGCCGGGCUCGCCCAGCCGUGGGCAUCAUUCCAAGGACAUUUGUCCGGCGCCGGGCUGGAGCCCCUGCCGGAGCAGGGCUGAGCUCGCCGGGGCGGGAGGAGGCUGUGCCAUGGAUUUUCCUCCUCCGCUCUGCACCGUGUCCCCCCAAUGCCUUGGGGGUCCAAGAGUCCCCCCAGGGGGGCCACGUCCAUCGUGGUGCUCCCCACGGUCCCCCCUUUGCCCCCCGACAUUCCGGGGGUUGGGCUUGGGGACUUUUCCCUUUUCCUUUGCAUUAAUAAGCAAACCCCCCCCCCCCAAAACCCCUGAUCCGAGGUUGGCCCUGACCCCAGGGGUGGCAGGUCCCCAGGGAGGGGUCCCCCCGCAGCCCCGGGGUCUGACCCCUCCUCGCCUUAAAUCUGGGGCUGUCCCACCUGGGGGGGUCCCCUGCCUGUCCCACAGAGCCCCCCCAUUCCCCAGGGGGUUGGUGGUCCCAGGGGAUGCCGGUGAUGGGCUCAGCCCCAGCCGCAGCCCCCCAUUCCAAGCGGAUCCUGGCCCUUCCCGAGGGCUCCGUCCCUGUACAUACAGCGCUAUACUGUGAGCGGUUUUUUUUAUGUAUUGUUGAGAAUGGAUUUUAUGGAAGGGUUUAUCUUAUUUUUAUUUUAUUUUUAUUUUUUAGACUAGGAAGCUGGAAUCUCGCAAUAAGCUCAUCUCGACCAUCCAAAAAAAAAACCAACCAAACAAACAAACGGAUAAAAAAAAAAAAAAUACAAAAAAAAGAAAAACCCCACGAUAAAAAAAAUCGCAUUCCCUGCUGUCCCUGUCCCUGUCCCCGUGUGUCCAGACCAGGUCGUGGUUCCCGAAGGUGACAAAAGCAUUGUGUUUAUGGGGGGGAUGAGGGGGGACCCACUGGGCUCCGACACGGAGCCAACAGCACCCGCCUGGCCUUCGGUCUGUGUUUUAUAUAUAUAUAGAUUAUAUAUAUAAAUAUCUAUAUUGUGUACAGCGACUGUGGGAGAGUGGAAGGACGGAGGCGGCAGGGGCAGGGCUGGGGGGUCCCCCAGAGCAGCCCCCCCUCCUCGGCGCUGUCCCUCCGUGCUGGUCCCCGUCGUGCCUCGCUCCGUCCUUCGACAUUCCGCUUUCGUCCUCGACGUCGUGCUGAUGGUAACCGGAUCUAUCGCCCCCCCAUUUGGAUUCUGUAUUUUUUUAUAAUAAAAUGCAAAUAAAUGUCGUGUGAGGCCCUUGC